AUGAUACAGCAGAAUAUAGAUUCCGAGAACUCUCAGGUUCUAGAUUUAGCAGAAAAACUUGCUCAAUUGUCUGAUACCAAUGUCCAUGAGUAUUUUCGUGGUUUCCGGGUUAUUCAGGAUGAGCUCGAUGCAGAACAGUGUAAAAUUCAAGAAAGAGUGUACUAUAUGCACGAGAAUCUACCAAUUCAACUCUCACGUUUGCGAUCUUCUCGGGAGAAGUUAGUUCAGUUGAAGCGAAAGAUUCAGAUUGCUUUGAAGAACUAUCACAAUAAACGGGAGCAGUUGUCAUCGUCACUUAAACAGAUCAACGAGAAUGCACCGGAUAUUCAUAAUCAGUUGGAACGGAUCGGACAACAGAUGAAAGAGCUGAAUUACCUUAAAGCUGCUCACAAACUGACACUUGGAAAGUCAAAAAUCAAGAAAGCAAUAAAUGUUUCUAACUUCCUUGCUAUAUAUGACAAUAUCCAGUCUUUGAAGCAAAACGACAAUAUAGAUUUGCAGUUGGAUGAAAAUGAAGCUAAGGAUAUUGAUAAAAUGAGAAAACAAUUGCUCAAAGAAGCAGAACAUCUUGUUUCCUGUUCUCUAAGAGAUUUGCUGAAGAAAAUUCAUUACCCACUUGAAGAAGCUAUUGAUCCCAAGACUCAUCAGAAUUUAAUUCAACAAAUCGCUACUUUGCUAAAAUGUCUUAGUAUUCUGGAUAACGGUAGUGUUAUUUCGCACUGUGAUAGGUCGAGGAUUUUGACGGAACUAGUUGCUCCAGUGGAGAAACGAUUCCAGUACCACUUUUUCACGGAGCAGAAAACAAAUGAUCCAUCUAAACCAGAAUGGUUUUUUACACAGAUACUCAAUUGGAUAACAGCAAAUAUCGACUUGAUUAGCGCUAUUUUGCUGCACACUUUUAAGGAUAAGGCUGAGCAAAAUGAAAUGGUGAAUGAAUAUGUGAAUAAGCUGUUAAAUUUGGCACCGAAAAAAGUGCAAAAUGUUCUUACGAAAAUACAAGACGAUCCUCAGCUAUUAUCUCAUCUUAUUGAUGAGUGUGUCGCCUUUGAAAACGAAUUACAAGAUAUUGCUAUUCCGAUACGCUCGGGUAAUGUGCUGUCCGUUUUAUGCGAAGAUAUCUAUUUACUAAAGUGGUUACAGCUCGAACGUGAAAGCUGUAUCGCAGGAGUAGAAAAUGUGCUUUGCGGAGACGACUGCUGGAACAAUCGAUACAACACAUUCUCAGACGUUGACAUGCAACAAGUACCGGAAUGUACUGAUCAAUUCCUUUUGAUGAUCGAAUCAAUUACAGAACGUUAUCGUUGGAUAGAGAGUGUGGAUGUGCAGUCGCAGUUCCUGAACGUGCAGAUAUUCAUGUUGGAUGAUUUCCGAUUGCGUCUUGUACAUAUCUCUCAACAACUUGCCUCUCCAUGGCAAAAGCCCUUCAUUCAAAUCCUAAAUUCUGCAUGGUACAUAGCUUUUGUGUUGGAUGAAUGGAAUGAAGUAGAUAUAUUCAUACGUAUUCAAGCAUUGGGAAAGAGAGCUCAUUUUCGAGGUGUUUUCGAAGAUGUAGCCAAUAUGUACAGACAUUUAUGGCGGCAAAGGGCCGAGGAUCUCACAUCGGCAUUCUAUCAGCAUAUCCAUGUUUCACUGAGUCAUUAUCAACGUGAACAGUGGUACUCGUGGGAAGCAAGUAAACCGUUUGAUCUAACUCCUUCAUUUUGUCCAUUUUUGCUAGAAGUGCGUCGACUGCUCGGACAUGUUAAUAACGCUGUGUCACCUCACUCUGCUACUAAACUUUAUGAAAUGCUGAAUGAAAAAGUAGCGAAAGUGUUACUCCAAAUGGUUACAACUAUAUCGCUGAAUCAGUAUGGAGCUGCUCAGAUACUUUAUGAUAUAACGAACAGCCUUAUUCCCGUACUUAACUCUCUCUACAAUCAUCAUAGUAAUGCUGUUAAUCUGGAAACUCUUGAUGAACCGAAAUUCAUGGAAGUCAUAUCAUGCCUGAAAAUACUAUCCCAAUCCACGGGCACAGCAAUUCUCCUGUACGAGGAGCUGAAACGAACAACGGAUCAUAUGACGCCGUCAUUACUUGAACCGUUCGAUGCUGCAAUAAUUGAACGCGGACGAGCUUUAGAAUUGUUAAAGCAUCGUUCGGAUUUGUCAUUAACAAUCGAUGAAGCCGUGAAAAUUUAA